UCGGGUGCGGUGAGGACACAAAAAACCGAGAGGUGUGCGCGUGCAUAACUUAUACCAAAUUUUUUCAUUAAAAUAAAAAAAACGUAAACAUAAACCGAUUAAAAUAUAAACAGAUUCCUAUUCUAUUAAGUUUUUGUGUGAUAUUAGUGUUAGACUAAAACCAGCAACAAAUUGUGUUAAUGUUGAUAAAUGUUAUCUUCAAUGACAAUUCCAGCGCGCAUAUACCAAAAACAUGCACAAAUUUGAUUCUGUAGUAGAAAUUUGAAGUGAAAACUUAAAAUAAAACAACUGGAAUUAUCAACCAUGGAUGAUGAAGAACAUCAUUCAACCGAAUGGGCAUUACUUUUCCCGUUGAAAACCGGUCUGUUUGCAAUGAAAUCCUCGCACGUGGCGCGUUCGGCCGAACGCAUCAAGCAUAAGAAAGCGGCUAAGGAGCCGGCGGUGGCGGAAUGCCAGCGUUUACGCAUGCGACGCGGCAGCAGUAUGAGCGAACUGGAUAAACUCGCCGCCGUCCCGCUGCCGUACCUAGUGCGCUCGACGACAGCAAAUAAUCAGUUGUCCGCGAGCCCUUCGUCGCUGCCACACAGCCCUUAUCUGUCGCGCAGCAUCAACAGCAACGCGUAUCUCACGCGCGGAAGCAUCGGCGAUCUGAUGAAUCAGAAGAAGUACGGUUCAAGUCAGUGGAGCGUGCGCAGUGAAACGCUCAUCGCGAAAACGGUACCGCUCAGUACGGUAACGCCGCGUCAUAGUCCACCGGGACACACGAGGCUUACACCUGAAGAGGAAGAAGUCGAAGAGGACUCGCUAGCUGGGCCUCUUACUGUUGCGCAGCGCACGCAGCGCUUGGCGAAAUUACUUAAGCAGCAACGGGCGGCGAUUAUUCGCAAGAACAUGGCGGUAUGUGAUAUUUUUACUCUGAAAUUUUUUCGUGCUGACAUUGAUGAUUUAUGCGGGUGA